AUGACUGCGGAACCAGAUCAGGUAGGGGGAAAGAGCUUUGUGGGGAAGAGGGCUGAGGAGUGGGGUGUCAGCUUCGCCUUUGAGCCGGUGCCAACGACUGGGCUCAACCUCUUCAGCACCAACUGGGCCAGGCAAGCUGGGAAAGCACUUCCAGAGACCUUCCACUGCAGGGAAGCAGGUCUAAGCGCAAUGGACUCACAACUUUGAGCUAUGAGAACCAAACUCAGUGCCAAAGUCAGCAGAGCACAGCAGAGUAUGAACUACACGAACGACGGCUCUGAAGCAGAACUUCUUUAUUCUUUUACAGCUACUGCAAACUAAAAAUAAACUAGAAACGAAAGACUUCACAGAGACUACUGGACUGCAUGAGUGUUAUAGUUGCUUAAGCAGUCAUCUUUACACAGAUAACACUCAGACUCCCACAGAGUCAGGCUGGAGCAGAUGAAGGGAAGAGCAGAUUCCGCCCCCUCCUUUCUGAAAACAUUGGCAGUAGAUUCUUGCAAUGGGAGGGGUGAAAUAUCCACAGGGGCAGCCAGGGUCCCUCCAGACCCAAACAAAUCUCUUUCCUCCUCUUAACAAAUCUGCCAUGAACAAUGGCCAUUUGAAAAAUGCCAUUUGAGAAGGUUAAUGUGCAGAGAGUAAAGAACAGCCUCUUUGCUUCAAUGUCACUGAAAUGAUUUCAUUCCCUCCUUGAAGCUGGCUUUAGGGCAUCAGAAAGGUUUUCCCCAGAAGAGCCCUUUGGGAGAGGAAAGCGGGAAUCCUUUCAUCUGGCGAACGGGAAUGCUUGCUCAGCCAGAAGGAUAUAAAGCUCAAAAUGUGGAGUUCCACCCAUUUACACUAAGUUUAAUAUUCAUCAUUAAAACACACAAUAAACGAAUUCCAUUAAGACAUUGAAAGAAGAACCCAUAAUUAAAAUGAACAGCAAAACAAUCCCAUGAAAACAACACAAUAAUGUGCAGGAGAUACCGUAUUUUUCACUCUAUAACACGCACCUGACCAUAACACGCACAAGGGGGGGGGGAAUUCUGAAUGAAACAGUGGAUGUAUCAUUUUUGUGCUUCAUGCUGUGGCCACAGACAUGUGAUCUGAUGGUGAAUUUGGGGUGACCCAAUGCAAAAAUCCUGAGAAUCCCUGUGGAUUCAUGCUUUGUAACCACGUUUUUGCACCAUUGUGGCCCCAGGCAACAGUGGGUGCGUGAUUUUUUUGGUGCAGGCUGUAGCCAUGGACAUGCUAUGUGAUCUGAUGGUGAAUUUGGGGUGACCCAAUGCAAAGAUCCUGAGGAUCCAUGUGGAUCCAUGCUUUGUAACUACAUUUUAAGUGGGGAGGGAAGGGAAAACACAGAAGGGACAAGGAGCAUGAGAGGGGUGUGCAGAGAAGCAGCUGGCUAAGAAUGCAGGAGAGGGGUUUAACGGGAGGGAGGAAAGAAAGAAAGGCAAAAGUUCCCCCCACCCACCCAAGCCAGCCCUCUCUCUCUCUCUCUCUCUCCCUCUCUCCCAUCUGCAUGUUUUCUGGCUGCCUGCGAGGAGCAGGGAGAGGAAUUAGAAGGAAGGAUGCUCUGCUUUCCCCUCUGUUUGCCUGGAGGGGAGGGGAUUUGCCUGCUCUUUGUUCCGUUUGAGCAAACACAGCAACGAAACACAAGCGGGUGGGCAGUAAGACCCUGAGGCAGAACGCAGGAAAGCAGCAACUUCCUCUUUCCAGGUUUCCCUUCUCCGACACGCGAUUUGAUUUUUGCCUGAUUUUUGUUCCUGCGCUCGCCCUAGUCGGCUCCAGGGACCACACAUUCGCUCAAUAACACGCACAGACAUUUCCCCUUCCUUUUUAGGAGAAAAAAUCUGCGUGUUAUAGAGAGAAAAAUACGGUAAUAUUAUGCUGUCUAAGAGAAGCAUCUUUUUCUUUUUCUUUCAGGGUCCUCUGUGCUUUGAAGAUGUCACAGUUCAUUUCACAGAGGAGGAAUGGGCGUUGCUGGAUCCUGACCAGAGAGCUCUACACCAAGAAGUCAUGGAGGAGAAUCGUGACAUCGUGGCCUCUCUUGGUACGGCUCCCGGUUGGAUCAUUAUAUCUGUUUUGAAAUUCAGCCCAUAUCUCUACGUGACCAAGCUCCAGAUAUUGAUGGAGCUCGAAAGCAGCACCUACAGAUUCUGGAAUUCCAGCACCUCCAAAGGUCACCUUGAAUGGAGGGCUAUAGACUAUUAUCUGCAAAUAUUCUUCCUCCAAUUAUGUGUUUUUAAACAAUGAUCUGGCUCAUCUGAACUUUCCAGGCCUUUUGAAAUGAUGGAUUUAGUUUGGGGAUGGAAGUUGUAGUAGCUUCUGUCAGGUUUUUUUUAUGGAGCAGAUUCCAUGAUUGGGCAAAAGAAAUCCAUUCCAGGAGAGAGCCAGGUUUUUUGAAUCUCCAGUUCCCAUCAAUAUGUCAGUUUAUGUCAGUCAACAAAGGCAGUGAACCCUGUAGUAAGACCUCACAUCUAACUUCCACCAGUUCUUCCAUUAAUUAGUAUGGUUCAAUAAUGGAGGUCUCCAUGUGUUCCUGAAGCUCUUAUUUAUUUCUCUCUUUGUCGCAGGCAGUGAUAAAUUGGAAAUUAAGAACAGAGGAGACCAUGACAAGAUCCAUACAUUGGAGAAGCCAUAUCAGUAUUUGGAGUGUGGAAAGAGCUUCCGUAAGAGCAGCCCUCUCACUUCCCAGCCAAGAAUUCACAGCAGGGAGAAACUAUAUCAGUGCUUGGAGUGUGGAAAGACCUUCCGUCGGAACUCACAUCUCACAACCCAUCAAAGCAUUCACACAGGGAAGAAACCCCAUCAGUGCAUGGAAUGUGGGAAAAGCUUCAGUCAAAGGUCCCAUUACACAUGCCAUCAAAGAAUUCAUACAGGGGAGAAACCUUACCAGUGUUUGGAAUGUGGGAAAAGCUUCGGUCGGAAGUACAGUCUCACUUCCCAUGAAAGAAUUCAUAGAGGGGAGAAACCACAUCAGUGUCUGGAAUGUGGAAAGAGUUUAACCAGGAAGAAAUAUCUCACAGCCCAUCAAAGAAUUCAUACAGGGGAGAAAUCCUAUCAGUGCAUGGAAUGUGGAAAGAGCUUCAGCAAGAGAGCCCAUUUCACGUCCCAUCAGAGAAUUCAUACAGGGGAGAAGCCCUACCAGUGCUUACAAUGCGGGAAAAGCUUCAUUCGGAAGGGCUUUCUCACUUCCCAUCAAAGAAUUCAUACCGAGAAGAAACUACAUCAGUGCCUGGAAUGUGGGAAGAUUUUCACCGUGAAGAAAAGUCUCGCUUCCCAUCAGAGAAUUCAUACAGGAGAGAAACCCUACCAGUGCUUGGAAUGUGGGAUGAGCUUCACGUGGAAGGACAGAUUCACUGCCCAUCAAAGCAUUCAUACAGGGGAGAAACCAUAUCUGUGUGCAGAAUGCGGAAAGAGCUUCUGUCACAGGGCCCAUUUCACUUCCCAUCAGAGAAUCCACACUGGGGAGAAACCCUAUCAGUGCUUGGAAUGCGGAAAGAGCUUCAGUCGGAAAGACAGUCUCACUUCCCACCAAAGAAUUCAUACAGGAGAGAAACCACAUCAGUGCUUCGUAUGUGGAAAGAGCUUCAGUCAGAGGUCCAAUCUCACUUCCCACCAAAGAACUCACAGUGGGGAGAAACCGUAUCAGUGUUUGGAAUGUGGGAAGUGCUUCCGGAAGAGGGCCAAUCUAAUUUCCCAUCAAAAAAACCUCACAGCGGCGAAAAUUGGAAGGGACCCUCAUAAUCAUGUGGUACAACCUCUGCUUAAAAGCCUCCCAGGAAGGGAAGGCCACCAUCUUCCAAAGGAAUCUGUUCCACUGUGGAAGAGCUCUUGCCAUCUGAGGAGUCAGCUACAAUAGUAAAGAAACAGCGAUUUCAAUGCGCUAUAUACAUGCAACACCAGGUGGUGCCAGAGAGCAGGAAACUUUAAAAUGCAAUUUUCCAUAGAGAUUUCUUUCUUUUGUUAUAACUACCUUCAUAGUGUUUUCCCCCCUGUGUUUAGAUCCACCCUCACAGUUCUUCCUGAUGUUUUGUUGGAAUCUCCUUUCAUGUAACUUGACGCCAUGGGUUCAGGUCCUAGUUUCCGGAGCAGGGGGAAACAAGCUUGCUCCAUCUUCCACAUGACGUCCCUUUAGAUAUUUGAAGAUGGCCAUAAUAUCACUUCUCAGUCUUCUCUUUUCCAGCCUAACAUGCCCAACACUCUUCCCAGUUCCUCAUAAGGCUAGAUUCCCAGACCCUUGAUCAUCUUGGUUGCCCUUCUGGGCACAUGUUCCAGCUUAUAAACAUACUUCUUAAAUUGCGGGACACAUUACUCCAGGUGUGGUCUGACCAAGGCAGAACAGAGCAGCGCUAUGACUUCCCUUAAUGGGGACAUUAAACUUCUGCUGAUGCAACUUAGAAUAGCAUUGCCUCUCUAACGGGACUCUCGGAAAGUGUGUGUGCACCUGUUACAUUUGGGUGUGAUGUUCUUGUCUUUUUAUCUAAAGUUCUGUUCACAUGUAUCAAAGUAAUUUAUGUAAUAAUGGUAAGUUCAGCCUAACAGGAGAUUUAAGGUAAUGUUAGCCAGGGAGGAGGAGUUUGGAAUGUUUCUGAUUGGCUGAGAGUUUGAAAGGGGGGUUUAAUAACUAAGUAGUGAUAAAAAAUAAAUAAAAUAUUGAAAAACACAACAAAACUAAACAAUUUCCACAAGAAGAUCUACAGUGGUACCUCGGGUUAAGUACUUAAUUCAUUCGGGAGGUCUGUUCUUAACCUGAAACAGUUCUUAACCUGAGGCACCACUUUAGCUAAUGGGGCCUCCUGCUGCCGCUGCGCCGCUGGAGCAUGAUUUCUGUUCUCAUCCUGAAGCAAAGUUCUUAACCCGAGGUACUAUUUCUAGGUUAGCAGAGUCUGUAACCUGAAGCAUCUGUAACCCAAGGUACCACUGUAAUGUAAAUAUACAGAAAACCAGCAGGACCUCCCCCCAACCCACUAAGCCCAGCAGAGCUGCCAUUAAGAAUGGGCAGUCAGGCUUCUCCCAGCAAACAGCCAGAGGCCCAGAGUUUGGAGCCCUCAAUAUCCUGGUUGUGUCUGAGACUCUUUGUUUUGUAAGGAGGGCUUUAAAUGAGUCCGGUCUUGGCUAUGCACACAUACGCACACAUGCAACCCAAUUCAAAAUCAGGGACAGGUGAGCUGGAGAUGCAUUUUAAAAAUUCUUAUUAUCCUUUAGUGCCACAAGCACCAUGACCCUCCCUCCCGCCUCGCAGGGCAUCCACAAGAAGCAGCCCUCUGAUGCCCAGAGCGCCCUGCUGCGCCGCCACCUCCUGGAGCUCAUGCAGUUUCAUUAUCCCUCUGGUGAGUAGCGGCAGCUGGAGGGGGGGGGCAGGUGCCCCCUCCAUCCAGCCUUGGCCUGCCCAGGGAAAUGAGGAGGAUGAGGAGCACAGGGGGGAGGCGGCCUUCGACUGACGUGGGCCAUGGAGGCGCCUCCCCCUCCCCGUUGCUCCCCCUGACUGGCAGCCAGGGCUCGCUCUCCCUGCCCUAAGCUGACUGAGAGGAAGGAAAGGGAUGCUCUUGGAGACAGGAAGGGAAACUGGCUUAGUUUACUCAGAGCAGACCCACUGAAAUGAGGGAGAUGGAUGCAUAAAGUGCCCAGUUAUUUUAUUACACUAACAAAAUUAUAUCUAUAUAUAUAUAUAUAUAUAUAUCAGAAGACAUCUGAAGGCAGCCCUGUUUAGGGAAGCUUUUAAUGUUUGAUGGAUUACCGUGUUUUAAUAUUUUGUUAGGGACGCGGGUGGCGCUGUGGGUUAAACCACAGAGCCUAGGACUUGCCAAUCGGAAGGUCAGCGGUUCGAAUCCCCGCGACUGGGUGAGCUCCCAUUGCUCAGUCCCUGCUCCUGCCAACCUAGCAGUUUGAAAGCACCUCAAAGUGCAAGUAGAUAAAUAGGUACCGCUCUGGUGGGAAGGUAAACGGCGUUUCCAUGCGCUGCUCUGGUUCGCCAGAAGCGGCUUAGUCAUGCUGGCCACAUGACCCGGAAGCUGUACGCCGGCUCCCUCGGCCAGUAAAGUGAGAUGAGCGCCGCAACCCCAGAGUCGGUCACGACUGGACCUAAUGGUCAGGGGUCCCUUUACCUUUAAUAUUUUGUUGGAAGCCGCACAGAGUGGGCGUAUAUACGCCCAGAUGGGGUAUAAAUAAUAUAUUAUUAUUAUUAUUACAAACACCUGGAUAAUAAUAAUAAUAAUAAUAAUAAUAAUAAUAAUAAUAAUUUAUUACUUAUAUCCCACCCCUCUGACUGGCUUGCUCCAGCCACCCUGGGCGGCUUCCAGCAUAAUAAAAGCACAGCAAAAAUGUCAAACGCUAAAAACUUCCCGCAAGGCCAAAGCUUCAUAGGCCAAAUCCCGCACAAUAUUAUUAAACGUCCGCCAAACACAUUUCUGCCUGAAGGUCUCCCAUCUUCUGUCGCAUAAGAGAACAUCAGAGAAGCUCCUCCUGGCAGAUCCAUAGACUUUGACUCUUCGGAGGAGGAAGGGCAAAACAGCUCAUAUUAAACCUCCAAAUAAAGUAUUAUGCUUUUACACAGGAAAGAGGAAGAUCUUGUACAAACAAUGUGAGUGGUAUUAGAGAGUUUGUGGCGAUGGGUCGUCUUGCAGAAGAACGAUCCGUGGUGGCAAAGGGCUUCAACCGCCUGGCAGGAUGCGCUGCUUUCCCCCUAGACUCUUCUGAGCCUGCUGGGCUAAUAACUGCAGCCAGGGCAGGGGGUGGGCAGCGGAGCCAGCAGGAAGGCUAAGGAAAACUCAGUGCAAACACAGAAUCAUUGGAAGGGACCCAAGGGGUCGUCUAGUCCAACUGCCUGCAAUGCAGGAAUCUGAUGCUCACCGUAAAAGAGUCAUGCUUUACUGACUGAGCUAUGCCAGCUCAGGCGAAAGUCAGUUUUAAACUUGUACGGAUUCCUCCACCAAAGUUUUGCAUGUGGAGAAAAACCAGAGUCACAGGCAGGCAGGUGGCAUCUGAUGAGCAUCCCUGGAGAGAGAGAGAGAGAAGGAAGCUUCUCUCAAGAUGGCCUGCCCAGCUGCACUUUUUGCAUUAGAAGGAAAUGAUGCCACAGAUUUCUAAAAGGACUGGCUGCACAGCUCACAGGGGCGGUUUCAAUAAGUCAAUCAAAAGCAUUUUCAGUGUAUUAAACCAGGGGUUUCCAGCCAGUGUCCCUCCUUAGAGGCUAAAAAAGCAGCUAUAAAAACCUUUUUAUAGAUGUUUAGGGUCUAUUAAUCAAUUUAACUCUCAGACUUUGAUAAAUGAAUGGAAUAAAGAACUAAUGGCCCCACCCCAAUUAAACAAUGGGGAAAUGUUCCAGCCUCCAUUUCUAAUGUGUCAUUAAACAAUGUCUCAUACAACAAAAUAUUUUAUUUAGAUUUUAUCCACUAUGAUAGCAUAAACAUGGUCUAAUGAUGGCAACAUGCUGUUGCAAUUAGGAGAAUGCCUUGUUGAAACAUAUGUUUAGACAGUGUUUGGCAUUAGCAAUUUUUUUAUUAGUUUUUUUUGGGGGGGGAGAGAAUACUAUGACGUAUAAAUUUAUUGUGCGGAAACCCAGCCAGUUGGGUGGGUAUAAAUAAAUAAAUAAAUAAAUAAUUACAGUGGUACCUCUGGUUGUGAGUGGGAUCUGUUCCAGAGGCCCGUUUGCAACUCGAGCAGAAUGCAACCUGCAGCAGCACGUCUGUGCACGUGCAGGUUGCGAUUCUCCGCUUCUGCGCAUGACGUCAUUUUGCUCGUCUGCACAUGCGCAAGCAGCGAAACCUGGAAGUAACCCUUUCUGGUACUUAUGGGUCGCUGCGGGAUGCAACCUGAAAAAACAUAUCAUGAAGCAAACGUAACACGAGGUAUGGCUGUAUAAUUAUUAUAUAGCAUCAUCUGAAACUAUGUACCUAAUCCAUUGGGCAUGACAAAUGGUCAACAUAAAUGGAUUCUCUGGGCCCUUACAUUUGCAAAAAGAGUAAUACUAAGAACCUAAGACGAGCCUGCAGGAUCAGGCCAAUGGCUCAUCUAGUCAUAGAAUCAUAGAAUCAUAGAGUUGAAAGAGACCACAAGGGCCAUCGAGUCCAACCCCCUGCCAAGCAGGAAACACCAUCAGGGCACUCCUGACAUAUGGUUGUCAAGCCUCUGCUUAAAGACCUCCAAAGAAGGAGACUCCACCACACUCCUUGGCAGCAAAUUCCACUGUCGAACAGCUCUUACUGUCAGGAAGUUCUUCCUAAUGUUUAGGUGGAAUCUUCUUUCUUGUGGUUUGGAUCCAUUGCUCCGUGUCCGCUUCUCUGGAGCAGCAGAAAACAACCUUUCUCCCUCCUCUAUGUGACAUCCUUUGAUAUAUUUGAACAUGGCUAUCAUAUCACCCCUUAACCUCCUCUUCUCCAGGCUAAACAUGCCCAGCUCUCUUAGCCGUUCCUCAUAAGGCAUCGUUUCCAGGCCUUUGAUCAUUUUGGUUGCCCUCCUCUGGACACGUUCCAGUUUGUCAGUGUCCUUCUUGAACUGUGGUGCCCAGAACUGGACACAGUACUCCAGGUGAGGUCUGACCAGAGCAGAAUACAGUGGCACUAUUACUUCCCUUGAUCUAGAUGCUAUACUCCUAUUGAUGCAGCCCAGAAUUGCAUUGGCUUUUAGCUGCCACGUCACACUGUUGGCUCAUGUCAAGUUUGUGGUCAACCAAGACUCCUAGAUCCUUUUCACAUGUACUGCUCUCAAGCCAGGUGUCCUCCAUCUUGUAUUUGUGCCUCUCAUUUUUUCUGCCCAAGUGCAAUACUUUACAUUUCUCCCUGUUAAAAUUCAUCUUGUUUGUUUUGGCCCAGUUCUCUAAUCUGUCAAGGUCGUUUUGAAGUGUGAUCCUGUCCUCUGGGGUGUUAGCCACCCCUCCCAGUUUGGUGUCAUCUGCAAAUUUGAUCAGGAUGCCCUUGAGUCCAGCCUCCUGUCUUCACAGUGGCCAACCAGAUGCCCCAAUGGGAAGCAUGUGAACAGGAUCCGAGCACAAGAGUCUUUUCCCCUCCUCUGGAUUCCAGAAACUGGUCUUCAGAAGUAUUUACUGCCUCCGACGGUGGAGGCAGAGCAUAGUCAUUGUGGCUUGUAGCCAUCCAUAGCUCUCUCCUCUUCCAUGAAUUUGUCUCUUUUUAAAAGCCAAGUUGGUGGUGUAACAGGGAGUCCUUGGAGCACCCCACAAUUGCCUAACCUUUACCCCCAUAGGUUCUGGUUGGGGGUCACAAGCAAGAGACUUCAUCCAGGAGACAGAAGCAAAACAGAGGCCUGUGGGUCUGAUCUUUAUUGUUGCAACAAUACUUCCAACUGCUACAAAGACAAAGCAGCCAGAAGCCCCAAACAAAGGUUACAUUAGUAUUUCAAAGUUUCCCAUAAUACAUCUCAGGAUCCAUCAUCAAGACAUCAUAGAGAUGUCACAGAAAGGGUGUGGUCUCAGGUAGAACCUCCAACCCAAGCAUGCUCCUGUCAAUCAAAUACAGUCUUUCACAUCUGAAGAAGUGUGCGUGCACACGAAAGCUCAUACCAGUAACAACUACGGCAGACCAACACGGCUACCUACCUGUAAAGUAGUCUCUAAAUUUCUUCCGUCUUCUUCACCAAUUUUCUCUGAUUUUACUGUCAUUCUUCGCCACCAUGUCUUCACUUGUAUUCCCAAAGGAAAGUAUUUAAUAUCACCGGUCAUGAGCCAGUGUGGUGUAGUGGUUAAGAGCAGUGGACUCAUAAUCUGGGGAACCAGGUUCGCUUCCCCGCUCCUCCACAUGCAGCUGCUGGGUGACCUUGGGCCAGUCACACUUCUCUGAAGUCUCUCAGCCCCACUCACCUCACAGAGUGUUUGUUGGGGGGGAGGAAGGGAAAGGAGAUUGUGAGCUGCUUUGAGAUUGUUGCAGGAAUCAGUGGCGUAGCGUGGGUUGUCAGCACCCGGGGCAAGGCAAGUAAUUUGCGCCCCCUAACCCGUGGAUUUGCGCCUGCUAACCCUAACCCCCAGAUGUUGCGCCCGGUGUGGCCGGCCCCCCCUGCACCCCCCACGCUACGCCACUGGCAGGAAUUUAUGUAUAAGUUGGGGGGGGUUGCCCCUCCAGCAGAUAUCAUGCACAUGCAGCCCACUACCAAAAUCAGCACAAUCGCUUUUGUGACUUUUGUGAUUUGUCCCCACAAAACACUUCAUCACAGUUUCUUCCUAUCUAUUCAAAGGGACUCUGCUGCACAAUACCAAACGUAAGAAUUCACGGAUAAAUGUCUCUAGGUACUGGCUCACUGGGGAAACUUCAGAAAUUGAUAUAGACAUGUGAGCUCAGCUACUCAGCAGCCCCUCUGCCUGAGGGAUAAUCCCUGGCAUCCUGAUACCUGAGUGCCAGACAGGUAGCCAUUCCAGAAAUAACAAACCCAGAUGAAGACAAAAGGGUGUGAUGAACUUGGCUGGGAAACAGGGAAAUGUAAAUAUCUCUUUUGUUCCACUUGAUGGGUGUUUGGUGGAGGGCAAGGGGAACCAUGGGGCAGGGUCCAGGAUGCUCAGAUUCCUGCCACCAGACCUCCCCUUUCAUGAUGUAACCAUGAUGUAUUAGUGAUGUAGUUUGGGGGGUGUAACAUGGGGAUUAGCAGCUAAUAAAAGUUUGGGGGCUCUUUUGUUUGGGGCUUCCAUCUUGUUCCACCUGGUGGCAGGUGGGAGUCCUGUCGUGACAGUCUUCAAUCAAGACCAAGCCUACUGGCUGCUGUUUUGCUCUGGUAUUCCUGGCUGGUGUCCUUAUUUUUUGUCCAAGGGAGCCCUCAGAUUUCUCCGUUAACAUCAGGAUGCAUCAUCAAGGCAUCAUAGAUAUGUCACAGAGGGUGUGGUCUCAGGUAGAUCCUGGGACCCAAGCAUGCCCCUGUCAAUCAAAUACAGUCUUUCACAUGUCCUCCCAAAGGAAAGUAUUGAAUAUCACCGGUCAUGACUCCUGACUCCUUGGGUGUAUCUUGCCCGGCAGACGUGACUGUACAUCUCGGGGAUGAUGGCGGGCUCACUGACCCCUCCCCGAAUACCUCACUUCCCUGGGCCCUAAAUGCCAUUGGAACUGAGAAGACUGAUGCCAGGAGUGAUUUCUUAUGAAUUUCUAAAGUUUCCCCAUUAAGCCAGAGCAUAGAUACGUUUAUCAGCGAAUUGCUACAUUUGGUAUUGACACUGUCUCUGUUUUCCUUUGUUGGAGAGAGACCUGGGGCUCAGCGGGGCGGGUUAGGAUCCCGAGCUGAGCCUCCCUUGCAGAUACAAUGCCUUUGUUUCUUUCUCUUGACACGAGGGAUUUGGUUUCACGGGUAAAAGGCAGGGACUGUGCGCGAGUGAAUGGUUCGGAGUUGCGCAGCGGAGACUCUUUGUCUUUGCCUCGUGGUGUGGAGAGGCAAGGCUCGUGGGGGGGGGGGAGGUCUCCCACCCCCCUUCCCAAUUCCCGGUAACAGUGGCAGCACCGCCGCCUGCAGGAGGGAGGUCCAUAGUUUCACGGUGCGCUGGGGUUUGUUCCCGGCUUUGGCAGAGGUUGGGGGCUUCAGCUGGGGAUUCGCGAGCUGGGAUUCGCGCACUGGGGGGGGGGGGGGCGCUCUUCCAACUCUUCCAUUCCCGGAUCCUCCGAGGGGUUUUCCUGCUUCUUGUACAGCCUUUCCUCCUGCAAGUUGCUCCUCCUGUUUCUGGGCCAGGGAGGGAGAAGCUCAGCCCCAGCGCCCCCCCCCCCAAAUAAGCCUCCUGCGCUCGAGAGGGAGAAAGGAGGGAGCUGGAUGCGCUCGGCUUGCCAAGGGUUAAAAGGAACCGAGCUGGAUUCCUAUAGGGGACAGGAAGUCCAGGCGGAGGGGGGGUCAGGUCCUCCAGAGCAAAAGCCCCUCCCCGCCUCCCCAGUCUUUUCCUGCGAGGAAGGGGCGCUUUUGUCUCUCUCUGCGAAUGCUGCCUCCGUGAAGCCGGCUGGGAUCCCGGUGAGUCCCCCCCCCCCGGCUGCCCUGGGGAGAAGGGGAGUCCCUGGGCUGCAGGGAGAGGGUGGGGGGCUGCUCAGCUCAUGGGGGGACACCCCAAGUCAGGACACGGAGGGUCUUGCCGGGAGGGGCGACUUCGCAGGAGGACGGCAGCUCUGCGCUUCCUUUGCGUGGAUGUGCUGCGGGAUCCUUUGGGGAGGGUCUUGGCGUCAAGGAUAAAGACAUGCGCGGGGGAGGGGGUCCUAUUCAGAUUUUUGGAUCUCAGUCGCGUUUAUUGAUAGAGGUUGUAGCCGGAGGGAAACAGUCGGACAUGAAAUACACGCGAAAACCUUAAAUUUGAGCGAUGCAAUAAUAAAAUAAAGACUUUGGGCAGAUUGAAGGAAGAUAAAAGAAAGUCCUUCCUUCCUGCGAUGUGGACUAAAUAAAACCUUUGGAACUCGUUCCCGUAAGAGACAGAAAUGGGCACCAAGUGAGGGCGAGGCCAGUUGGUGGAGCGGGAGGAGAGGGCGAGGGGGGCUCCCGUGCUCUGUCUCCCCCUCGGAGGCUGCAAGGCUUCAGAGUCCCACUUGCUGCAGGUGGAGAGAGGGGCUCUUGCGCCCCAGUCCUGCUGGUGGGCUUCCCAUGAGGGGCCCCUGGUUGGCCCCUGUGGGAAGAGGAGGCUGGACUCUAGAGGGGCCCCUUUGGCCUGAUCCUGCAGGGCUCCUCUUCUCUUCUGGUGCUGAGCUCCUCCAGAUGCAAGUGGGCCCUCCAUUCUCCUUCCGUCAGAGGCAAAGCUUUCCCCACCCCCACCCACCCAUGAAGCAGACAGAGCUGCUAUCCAGACUCCUGGUUGACACUGGCGUGUCUGUUCAGACCCGCAACCCCUCCGAUGUUCAGAGGAUAUUUUGAGACUGAACAGAAAGCCCUGCGGAGAACCUUAGCUGCACCACCAGGGCACUGGGCUGAUUCAUCUCCCAGGAAGAUCAACAGUUCCCUGAACAUUUUGCAUGGCUACUUUCCCUCUAGGAGGGCUAGAGACUUGCUUCUCCUUGUCCUUCUUCUCUUCCUUUUUAAAUAAACCUCAUACAAAUUUAAAAAAUUGAACAUUAAAGGCUUACCUCCCCCUGGGGCUGUAUAAUUAAUCCAUAUGAUGAUUCAACAAGCUGGUCAGAUUUAGCAAAGUUACUUUCACUUCUCAAUGGCUGCUUGCAAAUUUUGAAUUGUGUCACUCCACUCCACCAUAAAUCUUAGGGAAACAUCCAAAGUUAUUUGGUGUCUCUAGGCAGAAUAAUAACUUUUGCUGGGUUUCAGGGGUGGCGGCCAAAGGCAGGGGACUAUCUCGGGUGUCGACGGUUGCCGUCCAGCCAUUUUGGCUGGCUUCAGCGGGAUUUCAAAGGGCUUUUGAAGAGCCUCAAAGGAAGGGAGGAUCAAUAAACCUCAUAGUCUGGGUGGAGGUGCAGUCCAGAGCUGGCUCUCCCAAGACUCAUAUAUGCUUCUUAGCAGAACCCUUUUCUUCUCCUGACAAUGUGUCAGUUUUGUAACACAACCAUGUUUUUGUAUUGUAGAAAUUGCUAUUACCUCUAAUUUGGACAGACAGAAGGUGGAUUCCUUCAUCUCUCUUGGAGGCUUCCUGAAAGCACAGAUGGAUGAGCAAGACUCAGCUGGCCCUGAAACCGGAAGAGGCCAUGCCAUCAAAACUGAGAGCAGUGGGGGAUUCUGGGAAAACUAUGUGCAGAAGAUUAUGGGUGGGGAGGACACCCUCCACUCAGAUGUGCAGAACCAGCAGUUCAUGCAAUUCUGCUUCCAGGAGGCCAAAGGACCUCGAGAGGUUUGCAGCCGACUCCACCACCUUUACCAUCAAUGGCUGAAGCCAGAAAGGCACACGAAAGCUGAGAUGCUGGACCUGGUGAUCUUGGAGCAGUUCCUGGCUGUCUUUCCACUGGAGAUGGAGAACUGGGUGAGGGAAUGCGGAGCAGAGACCAGUUCCCAGGCAGUGGCUCUGGCCGAAGGUUUCCUCCUGAGUCAGGCGGAAGAGAGAAAGCAGGCAGAGCAGCAGGUGAGAGAGACUUUUCUGUGGUUCAGAACAUGAGGGUGGUUGUUGUUUGUCGUUUAGUCGUGUCCGCCUCUUCGUGACCCCCUGGACCAGAGCACGCCAGGCCCUCCUGUCUUCCACUGCCUCCCGCAGUUUGGUCAGACUCAUGCUGGUAGCUUCGAGAACACUGUCCCACCAUCUCGUCCUCUCUCGUCCCCUUCUCCUUGUGCCCUCCAUCUUUCCCAACAUCAGGGUCUUUUCCAGGGAGAACAUAAGGGAGAGUAUCCCAAAAUUCCCUAUUAAUGGCCCAUUCCUUUUUGGAAAACAUUCAAGGAGUGAGAUUGGAUGCCUCUGCCAUUUCUUUUCUAAUAGUUCUCCCCAUUCUGUUUUGAAUCUUUGUUGCUCUUUCAGGGAAAAGAUCUGUUUGCAGAAAUGGGCCCGGAUUCCUCUGAGACUGAAAGGACUCCAUUGGAUACCAGAGAGAGGCCACUGGGUAAGGAGGAAAGCAUCCCGUCCCGUCUCCCUUUGGUGACAUUCUGUGGAGUUUGAAACAAAUCCAUGGGUUCUGUUCAUCCUUUGGGAGAAGGCACAUGGGAACAAGAACUCCAAGGAAGGGAGAUGUACAGUAUUUUUACUGAGCUAAAAUAUGAAAUGAGUUGUUGGCAUCAGUCCGUCUCAAGAGUCAAUGGAGUGUGUCCCUGGUGAUGAAGUCAGACUGCUGUGUUAGCGCCAACCUCCCUGGAGAGCAAGCCAGGGCAGUGUGUAUGGAGGUCCUGGGCUGCCCAGAUGACAUGACCCCCCGCCAACCUUGCUUAUGUGGCCACGGAAAGCAGAGCAAGACAUUUGGAGCCUCCUUGGCUGCAAGAGUUGCUGGAAGGUCUACAAGGUGCCAUUCAACCACCUUAGGGACCCCACUCUGGUUUACUGCAAGGCAGCAGGCGUAGAUUUUUUUCUCAAGUUUUACUCCUGAAGCCUUUCUCACAAAUGAGCAUAGCUGCAAAGCAGUGGAGGUUUAGGAUCAGAGUUCUCCAUCUUCUAGAUGGGUUACCUUCCCAGGUUGACAAGGCCCAUCUGCUCCUUUGAAAUGGGUACAAAUGUCAAAAUGCACUCAGCAGAUGAGACUUUUUCGGAGGCCCAUCUGUACAGUGGUACCUCGGGUUAAGAACUGAAUUCGUUCUGGAGGUCCGUUCUUAACCUGAAACUGUUCUUAACGUGAGGUACCACUUUAGCUAAUGGGGCCUCCCACUGCGCCACCGCAGCACGAUUUCUGUUCUCAUCCUGAAGCAAAGUUCUUAACCCAAAGUACUAUUUCUGGGUUAACGGAGUCUGUAACCUGAAGCGUCUGUAACCUGAGGUGCCACUGUGGUUUGAGACAUAGUGCUCAGCCUCAAAGGAAAACAUGCCCUCAUGGCCUCCCACCCAACUUUGUCUCUUGCAGGUGACAGAUGGAUGCCAGCAGGACCUCCUCAUCCAUCUUUUCAUGGUGGCAGAAGGGAAGCAGUGGCUGUGGAACCAGAUCAGGUUGGGGGAAAGAACAUUGUGGGGGGGGGGGAGAGGUACGGGAGGGGGGGGCAGCCAGGUGCCUCUGGGCCUGAACAAAUUCCUCUCCUCCUCUUGGCUUCCGUCAAAGCUUCUCUGAAGGCAUCUUUGUCAAGGGCAGCUUGGACAGAAGCCAAGAGGCUGGAAAUGCCAUUUGAGAAGCUUAAUGUGCUGAGAAUAAGGAACAGCCACCUCACCUUAACUCGCCUUCUGAAUGUCACUUGUAUGAUUUAUAAGUCAUUGCAGUUUUAUUUCUAGAGUCACCACUGAAUGCUAAAAUAGGCUUCUGUGCAGUUUACACACCAUACAAAACAGUGGCCAGGAUUCAGCUAACCAGCCCCAUCAGUUUCACAGGGAGGGUUUCCCUCCCCACCCCUCCCUGUACCUCUUGAAAUUGGCUUUAGGGCAUUGGGAGGGUCCCCCCUCCCCCUGAAUGGCACACAAGGAAACGAGCAGAAAUCCUUCUGUCUGGCAAAUGGGAAUGUUGCAUGGCUGGGAGGCUCUGAAGAAAACAAGGUGGAGUUCCACCCAUUUACACUAAGAUUAAUGUCCAUUAAAAUACACGAUAAAAGAAUUCCAUUGAGACACAGGUAGGUAGCCAUGUUGGUCUGCCGUAGUCGAAACAAAAUAAAGAAAUUCCUUCCAGUAGCACCUUAGAGACCAACUAAGUUUGUUAUUGGUAUGAGCUUUCGUGUGCAUGAAAAAGAAGAAGUGUAAAGAUGUGUGCAUCUGAAGAAGUGUGCAUGCACACGAAAGCUCAUACCAAUAACAAACUUAGUUGGUCUCUAAGGUGCUACGGGAAGGAAUUUCUUUAUUUUGUUUCCAUUGAGACAUUAAAAGAUGCAUCAAUAACAUUCACUGGCAAAACAAUCCCAUUAAAACAACACAGCAGAGAACAGAUAGAGAACUACAGAGCAGGCUUCCAGUCCCACCUACCUUAAGGGCGACAGCCCCCAUGACAGCGAGGGAUCGUUGGUGAAUGAAAUGCAAUGAUGACAGAAGGCAAAUCUUCCUUGCAAAUUCCCCCCAGAGAAGGGAGGGAAUGGGCUUCACUCGCAGUUUCUCUUGGUACCUGGCCCUCGCUCCAGCAUGGAAUAUGGGAGGCAGGUAGGCGCUGAGUGCAAAAGCACUUUGCCUGGCGAAAACCCUCCCAUGCUGCCAUUAAGAAGAAGAGGUUGUCCAUUUAAUUGGAUCUUUAACUGGCUUUAAAGUACCGGCACAUGAUGGAAAAGGGUUGCAACAACAACAUACUUUCGAAUAUACCAGCUACAUGGAUCAAAGGUUUGAAUUGAGAUUUUCUUUGGCAUGAGAGUCAGUUGGGGAGAGGGAAGCCCACAGUUUGUUCUAAGUUUCUUCUAUAUACCGAUUUUUCGCCUCAUAGGGCGCACCGGCCCAUAGGGCGCACCUAGUUUUUUGGGGGGAAAAUAAAGGAAAAAAAAUUUAUUCCCCCCCCCAGGUGCAGGGCUGGGGCAGGGGAAACCCAAGCUUCCCCCGACCCCAGCCCCCAGAACAGGCUGCUAUCCGCAAGCCUAGGGAGACUGGCGCGACUUCGCGCCGGGCUCCCACGGCUUGCGGAGAGCUUCCUGAAGCCUGGAGAGCGAGAGGGGUUGAUGCGCACCGACCCCUCUCGCUCUCCAGGCUUCAGCGAAAGCCUGCAUUCGCCCCAUAGGACGCACACACAUUUCCCCUUCAUUUUUGGAGGGGAAAAAGUGUGUCCUAUAGGGUGAAAAAUACGGUAUUUAAGAUUUGGCCACCCUCUCCGGAAAAUAAGAUAAAAAACUAUUUACAAGUGAGAAAGGGAUGUUGGACUAAUAUUGAUAUGAACAAGCAAAAAUGGAAACUGUGUAUGAUCUGAAAUGAAGAAAGGAGGAGGAGGGGAAGUUCAAGUAUGAUUGUGUUGGAAAUACAGAGUAAUUCCCCUCACCUCCGUUUAAAGACAACAGACAAGGGAAAAUAGAUUGAGAUUUGUGUGUGCUACUGACGGAAUGUAAUUGAAGAUAAAGUUUAAUUGGGCCAUAAGUCUCUUGCUGUAAGGAAAAGAAUUUGGAGGCUGUGAUAAGAGAUUCUGGGAGUUGGAAAGGAGUAUUAAAUCUUUAGCGUGUUUGAAAACUGCUCACCAUUUCCUAGGCUGAGGGGAAAAUGGUGAAGAUCUGUGACAUCUUUUACUAGUGAGACAGAAUGGUUUCUAACAGACUGUCACCUGUUCCAAGACAUUAAAGCAAGGGGUGGAGAGAUAAGACCCCUGAGAAACUUUGAGAUUCAGUUCCACCCCAAGCCACGACAGGAGAAAACAACAGCUAGGAAGUGAAAGACAAUAUCAUAUAUGGACAGAAGGAAUCUCCAUGGAUAUAACAGUUUUCACACGCAGGGCAGAAUAAAGAUAAUAGUUUCAGUUCCUCACUUGAAGCUUUAUAAAUGUAUCUAUUGAGCACAUCACAAAUGGAAAUAAUUAAUUAUGUAGCUGUUGAUUAAGGGAUUAUUACUACAAUGUAAUUGACAUUAAUUAAGAUUAUGGAACAUAAAGAUAUAAGAUUGGAAAUGCACCCAAACCAUCAUACAGAGAGUCACUUUAACUAAAACGUAUUAAUUGGAAGUUGAUUGGCACAUUGAUAAUUGUAUAAUUUGGGAAUUAAUUGCUAUUGUUAUAAUUUGGCUAUUAUUAGGGUUAUAUUGGAAAACUAAUAAAAAUUAUUAAAAGAAAAAAGAAAAGAACAGAGCAAUGUGUAGUAGAUUAGCUUCAUUCUGACUAAGAGGAGGACCUUUUUCUUUCUCUUUUAGGGUCUAGUGUGCUUUGAAGAUGUCGCUGUUCAUUUCACAGAUGAGGAAUGGGCGUUGCUGGAUCCUGACCAGAGAGCUUUACAUCAAGAAGUCAUGGAGGAGAUUUGUGGGAUCAUGGACUCUCUUCGUAAGGCUUCCUGUUGGAUCUUAAUAUGUGUUUGGAAAUUCCAUACAAAGCUCUAUGUGAUCAACCUCCCAGAUUUUGGUGGAAUUCACUGUGCCAUUUACAGCAUCUGGGAUUCUAACACACUGCGCAGCUCACCUUAAAUGGAGGGCUAAAGACUGUUUUGUCUUUGAAUAUUCUUCCUCCAAUGAUUAGCCUGGUCUGAACUGCCCAGGCCUUUUGAACUCUUGGUUAUAGAGAAGUGACAGAAGUCAAAGUAGUUUCUGUCAGGAGUUUCUGUUUCUGCUUUUGUUUUUGUUUCUCUUGGUUUUGGUUGACUGUCAUUGGAGAUGGAGCAGAUUCCAUAAUGGGGGCAAACAAAUUCCAUCCUAUGAAAGAGCUUGACUUUUCAAAUUUCAGGUUUUCAUAAAUAUGUCAGUUAAUGCCAGUCAACAAAUUAAGUCAAACCUAUAGUAAGACUUCACAUCCAACUCACUCCCUUCAGUUCUUCCUCUAUCACAGGUGUAUUAGUAUUUUUCAAAAAUCGGGGUCUCCAUUUAUUCCUCAGGUUCUAAUACACUUCUCUCUUUGUUGCAGGUGGUGAUGAACUGGAAAUUAAGAACAAGGGAGGCAAUGACAACAUCCACACAUUGGAGAAGCCAUGUGAAUAUUCUGAGUUUGGAAAGCGGUUCAGUCUGAGUGUCCCUCUCGCUUCCCAUCACAGAAUCCACAGCAAAGAGAAACCAUAUCAGUGCUUGGAAUGUGGAAAGAGCUUCAGUCUGAGCACCCAUCUCACUUCUCAUGAAAGAAUUCACAGUGGGGAGAAACCAUAUCAGUGCUCAGAAUGUGGAAACAGCUUUAAUUCCAAGAGAAGUCUUACAUCUCAUCAAAGGAUUCAUACAGGAGAUAAACCCUAUCAGUGCUUGGAAUGUGGAAAGAGCUUCAGCUGGAAGGAAAGUCUCACUGCACAUGGAAGAAUUCACACAGGGGAGGAACCAUUUAAAUGCAUGGAAUGUGGAAACAGUUUCAAUUCCGAGAGGAGUCUCAUUUCCCAUCAAAGAAUUCAUACAGGUGAGAAACCCUAUCAGUGCUUGGAAUGUGGAAAGAGCUUCAGUCAGAGGGCCAAUCUCACUUUCCAUCAAAGAAUUCAUACAGGAGAGAAACCCUAUCAGUGCAUGGAAUGUGGGAAGAGCUUCAGUCAAAGGGCCAAUCUCACGGCCCAUCAAAGAAUUCAUACAGGGGAGAAACCUUAUCAGUGCAUGGAAUGCGGAAAAAGCUUCAGUCACAGGGCCCAUCUCACUUCCCAUCAAAGAAUUCAUACAGGGGAGAAACCCUAUCAGUGUGUGGAAUGCGGAAAGAGCUUCAGUCGGAAGGAAAGUCUCACCUCCCAUCAAAGAAUCCAUACAGGAGAGAAACCCUAUCAUUGCAUGGAAUGUGGAAAGAGCUUUAAUGCAAGCACAAAUUUCCAUCAACAUCAGAGAAUUCAUCGUGGGGAGAAACCAUUUCAAUGCCUAGAGUGUGGAAAGAGCUUCAGUCAGAAGGAAAGGCUCAUUUCCCAUCAAAGAAUUCAUACAGGGGAGAAACCAUUUCAGUGCAUGGAAUGUGGAAAGACCUUCACGUGGAAGGACAGUCUGACUUCUCAUCAAAGAAUUCAUACAGGGGAGAAGCCACAUCAGUGCUUGGAAUGUGGAAAGAGUUUCAGUCGGAACUCAAAUCUCGUUUCUCAUCAAAGAACUCACAGCGGGGAGAAACCAUUUCAGUGCAUGGAAUGUGGAAAGAGCUUUGCCUGGAAGGAAAGUCUCACUUCCCAUCAAGCAAUUCAUACAGGAGAGAAACCCUAUCAGUGCUUGGAAUGUGGAAAGAGCUUCAGGAAGAGAGCCAAUCUCACUUCGCAUCAAAGAACUCACAGUGGGGAGAACCAUAGAAUUGUAGAGUUGGAAGGGACCCUGAUUAUCAUCUAG